UUUGUAUACUACAUUUAGUCAAUCGCGGUUAAAGGUUUCUGUAUUAUUUCUAUAACUGAUCUUAUCUGCGACAGAUGGCACUGAUUAACCGAUUGAGGAUUUGUUUAUUUUUACCCCUAAAAUUUCGAUAACCCUUCACCUGCUCCAUUCCAAAUGUCACAAGGAGGAUCAGCUGUGAAGUGUUAACAAUGUAGUUAUUAAAAAUAUUUGUAUUUUAAUAUUAAAAUACGUGGUGAAAAUGUCAAUAAUCUGUGAAGAAAUCUUCGAUGAAAUCAGUCAUCCCUCCGAAGAAGAAGUGAAAGAAUACGCUCUAAGAAUCGGUAUAGACCCCGUAUCAGAACCGCAGUUACUACCACUAGCUGCAGAAGGGUUGAUGAAAGCUUUACCAGCCGGUUGGAAACCAUGUUACGAUGAUAAAUCAAAAUGUUACUAUUAUUACAAUAAUUUAACAAAGAAAACGCAAUGGGAACAUCCUUUGGAUAAUAUUUAUCGGGGAUUAGUAAAAAAAGCGCGCACAGAAAGUCAAUCGCUCAGUCUUCAGGACAACAGAGAAGACGCUACUUACGUUACUGACGAUAUUCUAAGUUUGGAGGAACCGGUUUCCAAUACACCUUCAAAAAAAUUAGAUCCACUUCCUAUAGUUACCAAGAAGAGAUUAUCGCCGAUUAAACUCAGUCCGAAUGCCAGUCCUAAAAAGGACUUUAAAUUAUUCAAACAAAAAUCCGAGGACUCAACGACAGGUCCUAAGAAAUUAUCUUUGGGCUUUAGCAGUUUAGAUGACGAAAAAGAUUCGGUAUUUGAUCGCCAUCCUAGAAAUAUGGAUCUGAAAGUAGCGGGUGGUGGAUCGAUGUUUCUAAAAUCGAACACCAUGAAGAAAAACAUCGAUACAGGCACGAGUCCUGUCAAUACCAAGACUGAAAACAACCAAGAUCAAGGGGAUUCACAACAACCGAGAAGCAUUUUACGUGAAAAAAAUAUAAUGGAACAUUCGAAAAGUCUAGAAUUCGAUAGACUCGCUAUUAUGGAUAAGUCGGAAAAGGAUGAAGAGGAUAAAAAAAGUGUCAGGUUCAAUUUGGAAAAUAACACCGAUAUCGGUAUCACUUUCUCGGAUAAAAGUUCGAGCGAAGAAGAAUACGCCAAUAGCGAUAAACACAAACUCGACGACGUCAUUAACGUGAAACUUACGCCAAUCAAAAGUAGAUUUUCUGUCCAUCCGGUAUUGGAACCCAUCAAAACGAACAAUACGUUGAAACUGAUCAAACCGAAUCCCAAGGACUGCAUCAAACCGAAGCUAACUCUCAGCAAGGUUUCAGACAGUGACGACGAGACCCACAGUUUGGAAAAAGAAGGUUUGGAAAAUGUAAAUAUAUUCGAAUCGGAUAAUUCAGAUUCGAUUAGCGAACGAAUAGCGAAAAGUACGAAACAAUUGGAAGCGAAGGCCGAGAAGAAAGUUGAAUUGUUGAAACAAACAAUAUGGGAAGAAAAAAAUAAGGAAAUGAUGAAAUUUAAAGAGGAUUUGGAAACAUCGCACAAACGGGAAUUAAAACGAAUCCUCGAAGAUGAAAAAUCCAAGCAAGAUAUUAUACUCGAAGAAGAAAUAGAAAAGUUGAAAUUGGCGUUAAACUUGGAACAUCAGACGGCGAUAGAAGACGAAAAGAAUAAAAUAGAAGAUAAAUUGAGAUAUUUGAAGACGGAAUUAGACAAUAACAUUGUAAUUGAGGAAGAUAAAAUGAAAGAGAAGUUCGAAAUAAAGAAGGAGGAAUUGGAAAAGUAUUACGAAGAAAAAUUGGCGGACGUCGAAAAGGAAUUGGCGGAAAAAGUUGAAAAGAGUCGCGACGAAUUAAUUUUUAACCAUAACGCAGACGUGGAUCAAUUAAAACAGAAUCAUACGAUUAUUAUAGACGAAUUGAAGAGGCAAUUCGACGCCGAGGAACAGGUCUUAAGGAAAACUCAUCAGGCGAAAAUGUCGGAAUUACGAAGCAAAUUUCAGGCGGAAUUGGAACAAGACAAAAAUCGUAGUACGACCGAUGAAAAGUUAAGAUGCGAAAAAAGAUUACUCGAAGACAAAUACAGAUGUUUGAAGGAAAAAUACAUUAAAUUGAAAACUGAAGUUAGAAUGACGAUGGAAAAGAGAAGUAAACGAAAAGAACAAAGCACAACCACUAAUACUACCGGAUCCGAAACCGAACAAAGUCAUUCGAACAAUAAGGAAAAAAAAGUGGUCGAUAAACCACCAACUCCGAAACAUACAAAAAACUCAACCGCCGAAGAACCUAGACCGAAAUCGGAAACUAGGAACGCGACGCAAGUUCUUAUUCACGAUAUUGAUACCUCCGUGAGUGAUAAUUGUUAUCACAGCGACGACAAAACCAAUCAAAACGAUAGUUCCGAUAGCACAAAUCCGGGUAGGAGUCGAAAAAAAAUAUUUUCCAGAUUAAAAAGUUCUUCCACAUCUAGAAUUAACAAUAAUACGAAAGUCCGGAAACCUCAAAGAUCUUGUUCACCAGUAGAAAAUCUUCGUAGGCAAUUACAAAAAUUGGAAGAUUUAGAAGAUCAAUUUCCUGAAAACGCCCAAGCCGAUACUUACCAUUUGAGAUACCCGUUUUCUGACGGUCAAAAAUUCGAAGGUAGUUCGGAGUUGGAAUUUUUCCGACACCGCAUCCAUUUGGAGCGCGAUUCGAUCAAAAGAGCCAAAGAGAGUUUGAGAAGUCAGAAAAGUUUGUUUCAACAAAGACAGAAAGAAUUGAAAUUGAAACACGGAUCGAUGGCCAGGCAUACGUUACAACAACUGUGCCAGGAAGAAAAAGAACUGACAGACAUGGAAGUCAAUUUACACAGGACUCGUAGUCUUCUUGGGGAAAAAGUGAUUCGUUUACGUCAUCUUGAACAAUCACUUCAAAGGGCCAACAUGCAAAACGAUCAAAAUCACGAAGAUGCCACUUUAAGUGACAUAUCAUCUCAUAGCGCCAGUUCAGGUAUAAGUUCGACGGAAUUUGCCACCGCCGAUUACGUCGCCAAAGGCAUUUUGAACAAAGAAAAAUUUCAAGAAUCCUCUGAAAUAAUACAAAGCUUGGAAAAUUUGAAUUCGGAAAUCAGAGAAAUAUGGGACGUCCUAAGGAAACAACAGCAACAAACAAACAUCCAACAAGUGAUUCCACCUUUGGUAUAUCCGGACUUGGGUUGGCCGGUUUUGGCCGGAUCCGCGACGAACGUACAACCGGCGCCGCCGUCGAUACCGACUUUGGCUGAUCGUCUUCAUAAUUACCGGCAACAUUUGGCGUUGGCGAACGCUCAAAGCACCGUCGUCACUCACGCUACUCAAGGAGCAACUACGACUUUAGUUGAAAGAACGAGGAACUUGAGACACUGGCUGAAAACUACCAGUAUGGAAGCCGGAGGAAGCGAUACUAACGCCCAACAAGCCACGCUGUGAAAUGGAAAAACGAAUCAGAUGUGGAAUUUUUUUUAAUGUAGCUAAAUAUUUAUUCUCUUAGUUUUUUUGGUAUUAAAUUUCAAUUUGUUAAAAUUCUUACUUACAUCGAGAGAUAUUAUCAAAAUUCGACGUGAUUGUUGAAAAAUUUCAAAAAAAUCUCGUACAAACUGAAAGUUUCAAAUAACAAAUAUUUUCGAAUUCAUUAUAAGGAAAAAACAUUUUCUCCAAGUGGAAGUUUAUUUUUUUUUCCAAUUUUAUAACAUGAGGGUGGUUUUCAUUUUCGAUCCCUCGUUGAACGAAAUCACAUGGAAAUUAUUCAUGUACGAUGUUUAUAUUGUAUAUUCCGAUUCAUUUAUUUUGUGAUUAGAAUUCAUAUACGGGGUUUCUCAAAAAAAACGUAAAGUUUUUAACCAUAUGAUAUACAUCUUCAGUGAUUUCGGUAUUUUCUUCAAAUAGAAAAUGAAGUGGUGUAAGAUCCGUAGAUCGAGGUGGCUACUAGAUUUUCGUUACUUUUCUCAAAUUAACUGUUUGGAAACUUGAAACUCUCGAACUGUCAGUUAAAUAUUGAAUGACGUUGGUGACACGAAUAAAUACGACUCGAUUUCGAUAUAUUUGGCAGUGAACGUGUUGAAAUUUCAAAUUUUUGAUUUAUUGACAAAGAAAAACUUUUAUAAUUAUCAAAAUUUUUAUUUUUUGAGAAACCCUGAAUAUAAAUAAUGUUCAUAAUCGUAUUUAUUCGAGUAUUAUAAAAAAACAAAAGAUUUUUAAAAUUGUUACAGGGCGGAACGUUUUCAUUGUUUUGGCUUUUUCUUUUCUUUAUUUUUCGUGUUUUUUUUUUAUUUUGUGAUUUAUUUAGUAAAAGAAAAUCAAAUUUUACUUUAAACUCCGAUUUCUAGUCGUUAUUAAAUAUGCAAUUUUAUCUACAGGUAUUAAUUUAAAAAAUGAUCUCAUUAUAUUCUUUAAAUUCUUAUUGUACGUAGAUUAAUGUAUCUGUAUUUAAAUUGUGUUCUAUAUAUAUCAGGUAAUUUAAUGAUGAUAUAUCCAUCUUCCUAUUUGUACAUUUUACCUCCAAGUCUAUCAUUUCCUCGUUUUCCCUCUUCAUAUUUUUUUCCUUCGUCUCUCUUAUUUCGAUUUACUAGUUUCUUGUUACUCACUAGUGAUUUAAAUAUAAUAUUUAGAACCACAUUUACAUAAUCACAUUCCAAAACAUUUCUUUAAUAAAGAUCUCGAUAGUUGUUAUCAAAAAUAUAUACCUUGCCUUAAGUCUGAAGGUCUGACUGAAUUUUUUUAAGAUGUGAUACAUAUUUCGGAUGUUGCAACACUGUUAAGAAGGCUGUCUUUUCGAACCGUUUCUUGUCCUCUUUAACCAAAGAUAUUUGUUAAGAAUAAAUAAUUGUAAUAUCGAACUAUAUAUAUAUAUAAAAAUAUUUAACAAAAAAAACUUCUUUUGCCAAGCAUUUUAGUACAACAUAGUGCCAAUAUAUUUAAAUAUAGAUUUCCUUUAUUUAAAACAAAAAACACACAAUACAACUUGUAUAUUUAAAUUUGAAAUCGUAAUAUUGAAUUUCAAAAUGAAAAAUUCGAAACUAACAUUUCAUUCCGCAAAAUUGUCAUUUUUUUUUCAGUUACAAACAUAUUUUUCUUAUUUAAUUGAAUAAAUAAAAAAUACAAGGUGCGAUAUUAGUAAGUUGCAUAAAUUAUUGUUUAUUUUCUAUAGAUUAAUCCAUUUGUACCUCAAAUAUGAAUAUUCUUUGAUCAAAUAUGACUCGUUUGAAUUAUCUAAAGCAAUUACUUGAUCCUCUUCUUCGGUAUCGUAUUAUUCCCUACAGUGUAUCUUUUUUAUGCAUAAUUACACUAAUGCUGCACCCUGUAUGUAGUAUGUUUUAUAAGGAUACUAUCCUGUGCACUUAUUAAUAUAGUUUCCAAGUACAAAAAGAAGGAUAAUUUUAUACUAUCGCGGUCCCCUCGUUUUUAUUUUGACGCUAUGAAAUUAAAAAAUCAUCAGAUUUCAAUUAAUUUUUCUAAAAAAUCUUCUUUUUUAUGAAAAACAUCAUUGGAAUAGAAAACAUAUGAAAAAAUAAUAGUUUCAGGUCUUAAAAUAUUUGUGUAAUCUCACUUAUUCACAUAUAAUUGUUGACAACUUUUUUACAUGUAAUAUAAUCAAGUUUUUAUAUUUUUUCUUUAACAUAUACACAAAAAAAUAACGAAAAUUUUAAAUUUUAUUUUUAAAAAACUUUAUUCAAAUAAAAAUAAGUUACAAGUUGACAAAUGUUGAAUAAGUACUGAAUUUUAAUUUCUAAAGUAGUCCGGAUUUUUCUACUCUUUAUUUACAAAAAUUCACAUGAAAAUGUUGAUUUUUCAUGUAUUUACAUCUUAAAAUAAUAGUUUUUUCAAAAAUCGAUUUUUUGUUAAAAAUUUUUAAAUCAAAUAAACAAUUAGAUUAUGCGAGGUUUAAAAAAACUAUCAUUUAACAAUUUUUAUUUGUAAACCAUUAAUAAAAUUUUCAAAAUGUCUCUUUUUGUAUAGAUUCUUAAAAAAAUAUAUAAACUCCGUUUAAUGCUAUAUAUAAGUCGGUAACUUUGGGGAACUAUACGAAACUUUAUUGAUUUCUGUGGAGCAGCUGACUGUUUGAAAUUAGAUUUCACUAAAUUUCUUGUAUACGGUAAAGGGUAAUUUCGAAUGGUGUUGCAGGUUGAGAACUCAACUCUCCAAGAGUUUAAUGCUUUUGAUAUGAAAUCUUCUAGUGAGAUUUUUUCCAUAAAUCUGCCGUAAAAACGAUAAUUUUUCAAAAAUAUUCAUUGAAAUUGAAUAAUUUUUCAUUUUCUAGGACUAAUAAAAACGAGGGGUCGGCGCUAGCAUGAUAUUACAUUAAAAGUAUCAUAUUUUUACACAUUCCAUAUAUUCUUGUCAUUUUUUUUAUAUUUUCCUUGUGAAUAUAACGAAAGUUAUAAAUACUGGGUAUACUAAAAUGAACUGAACCGAGUUUCCAGGGAAUAUAAUUUGAAUUUAAUACCAACCCCCUGUUAUAUCAAAAGUGGAUCUCAACAUUUUUUUUUCAUUUUUCAAUGUUUUUUAAAAAUCUACGAUGAAUUAAUACGUAGUACAACAAUUAUUUCAAAACAAAAGUAGAUUAUAUACCAAAUAACAGGGGUAGUUUAUGCUUAUAACCCUGUAUCGAAAUAAAUCGUAUGGUUAUUAAAGACUUUUUUCUGAAUAAUCGCACAGAAAUUUUAAUUGUUUCAAAUUUUUCCAAACAGUUUUGUACAACCCCCAUUUUCCAGUAAAUAAUCCCCUGACGUUAAGAAAAGAAAGUGUUAUCAUUUAAACCUACUCUUUUUUUCGCUAAUUUCUAAACCCACUAUAUGAUUUUUACGAAAAAUUUCCAUUAAUUUAAGAAGCUUCAAGUUUUAUUUAAAUACAUUUUCAUUAUUUUGCACCGGAUUAUUUUCGUAUCCAAAAAAUUAAUUUCUCACUUCAAAAACUACGUUUGUCAAAAUUUCCAAAAUUUUUUUUCCAAAUCCACUUUAACGUUGUCAUUGGUACAAAUACAAAAAAAAAAGAAUCUCAUUAAAGAGACCAUUAUAACAUAUAUAAAUUAUAUUUUUUUCAACUGGAAUUUCAAGGCUUUGUUGAUCUCUAUGAAGCAGUUGACUGUGUCUUUAAUAUUAGACCUAGUCAUACACACCUCAUCAUGCAGACUCUCUGAAAACAUCAAAUCUCAAUGAAUAAGUUUGAUGUGAUCAAAAAAUGAGUCUUCUUUCUUAGUAACUUUGAAGACUUUUUUUAUCUCGGUGGGGUACGACUCUCUGAGGACAUCAUAUCACCACGAAUAAAAUUAAUUAAAUUAAAAUUUCCAAAAAAAAUUUUUUCAAUUCAGUUUAAU